UUGUAUUACCAGACGACCGAAUCUUGAUUGCGGACUAUUAUGGAUGGGGUAAUUUAAUGGAAUACAAUAACAAUGGUCAACACAUACGUGACAUUCCUGUCUCUGAUAAACCGCAUAGUCUUACAUUAGUGGAUACCGACCGUGUUGCUGUUACAUAUGGCAUAUACGGAUACCUGGAGAUUAUAAACACUAAGAAUACUAGUAAAAGGAAGAGGGUGAAUUGCAGUAAUUGGUGCUAUGGAAUAUCUUACCAGGACCAGAAGCUGUAUGUUUUUGUAUGUGGACAAGGCAUAGUAGUGAUGGACUUGAAUGGGAAGACAUUAAAUACAAUCGAUAUCGAUGUUUCAGGGGUGUUUAAUAUAACAACGACCAGCGACAGGAUAUACUAUUCACACCAGGGCAGUAAUACAGUACACUGCUGUAGCAUGACAGGACAAGAAAUAUGGGUAUUCACGGAUCAGUCUAUUUCCGAACUGAGUGGGUUAUCAGUGGACAGUAAUCAGAACGUAUUUGUUGUUGGUGGAACCUCAAAUAACCUGACAGUAAUACAACACGACGGGAAAUAUAGCAAGAUCUUACUUACUGAUCGUGAUGGACUUAAAUCUCCUAAUGCAGUAGAUUACAACAAACAAAAGAAGAUUGUCUGCUUAGGCUUCAAGGCAGGAAGCAUUGCUUUGUACCAAGUGUCGUAAAAAUAAUUACGCGCAUAAGAAAGAAGUCCUUACUGUUUGUUAUGUACUGGUAUUUUCCAAGUGAUAUAUGCUAACCAUUGAGGAUGUCAUAACUUAAGCCGCAGUGUGAACGGGGUAGUGGAGCAAAU